GGUCAUUUAAGGGAUUCUCUGGACAUGUAGAGAUGGUAAACCUGCAGAUGCUCGUUUCUAUCGUCCAAAAGGUGCCGCUAUGGAUGACAAAGGGAAUGUGUAUGUUGCUGUUAUCUCCAAUAUGGCUAUUCGAAAGAUAACUGAAUCAGGUGUGACUACUAUUGCUGGAGGAAAAUCAAAUAUAGCAGGUUAUAGAGAUGGCCCGAGUGAGGAUGCUAAGUUUUCUAAUGACUUUGAUGUGAUAUAUGUUGGAAGAACUUGUUCUCUUCUAGUCGUGGACAGGGGUAAUGCUGCUCUUCGCCAAAUUUCUCUUCAGCAAGAGGACUGCCAAUACCAGUAUACUUCAGUAUCAACAUCAGAAGACCAGGAAGAAAAAAGUUGACAACAGACAAGAGAAGUCACCAGCAGCCGAUACUUCGCUGCAGCAUCAGUGCACGGAUGCCACCAGCAGCCUGACCCCCUGCAUGGACUAUGGCAGCGGCAGCAGCGACCGACCCAACAGCGACUGCUGCGACACCGUGAGGAACAUCCGGGGCACAAACCCCGUCUGCCUCUGCUACGCCGUACAGCAGACGCACAACUGCUCCUCCCCCUGGAGCGCCUUAGGGCUCAAGGUCGAACGCCUGCUCAUGCUGCCCGGUGCUUGCAACCUCGACAACUCCAACGCUAGCAAUUGUAACGGAACUACUGUGUUUCUUCUUCUGCUAGUGAAGAGAAACAUCUUGAGGAAGAAAGAGCUGAAAAGGAUAAGAAACGGAGAGUUGAAGCUUUGUCGGUUUUUUCUGAGAUGAUAGAAACUGAUCACAUGAUGGAUUCUUACUGGUCUGACUUGAUAUCUCAUAACCGCCCUACUAAAAUCGAAGUCGAAGUUCAUGCUC